GAAAGACUGAGUGCAGCCUUUGUCUUGGAUUUACCGCGGAUGCGCUCAAACCUGAUUCAGACACUAUGCAACUGUUGGGUUUAGUACUGGUUCCCGGCCCAGCAGGCAGGUUGAGAGAUACCGCUGAGUUCCUGCAGAAGUGAAGAGCUGGGACUUUGGAUACUGGAAGGGUCCUGCGCUCACAGGGAAAUGUCCCCAGAAAGAGUCUUGCAAGCUUGUUUUCUGGUGUCCUACUGUGACUAAACAAGACACUGCCUUCUUUUAUCCAAGUUUGGCAAAGCAAGGCUAUGCACAGUUCUGCAGGUGGGCUUCUCAGGGCAAGUGAAGCCAUAAGGCAUCCAAUCAGGGUUUGGCCACCUGCAGCCCUGCCAAUAUGCCGCUCCAUCAGAUUUCUGUAAUCCCAGCCCGGGAGACUGCCAGCAAUGGGAGAAGUUCAAUGGGCAGAAACAAAGAGAAGAACAAGGAAAUCGAGAAUGAAAAGUCUCCAGGGCGAUCUGCAAGUCGAUCAAGUAACAUAUCAAAAGCAAGCAGCCCAACAACAGGGACAGCUCCCAGGAGCCAAUCAAGGUUGUCUGUCUGUCCAUCUACUCAGGACAUCUGCAGAUCUUCCAUCUUGCAUGACAUGUCAGAAGAUGCAUUUGAGCACUGCACCCCUGUUCUGGUGCUGAGCCAUGCUAGAAAGGAGUCUGGUAAGAAACCAGUAAAACAGAAGCCUAGGAGGAGGAGAAGGGUCUCUCAGAGAUACGAGCAUGCAGAAGAACAAGCAAAGGGGAGAAGAAGUGACUUUCACCUCCAGAUUUCAAGUCCCAGGUGGAGAGAACUUUCUACGGAGACUUCAGAUUCAUCUUCCACAGAUGAGAGUCACUGGGCUCAGGCAAAAAGACAAGCCCAGGUUAAAUUCAGACUUUCUCGAAGGAGGAGAAAUAAUAAAAAUCCAUGUGGAAACCUGGCUGGGUCUUCCACUCCUGACAGAAUUGAGCUUGUUGAUCUGGGAUCCAAAGGUGAAAAGCACCAAGAGCUGAUGGAAUGUACGAGUCAUUCUUUAAACGUCUAUAGAGGAAAAGUCAUAAGGUACCAAGAACGCAGUCCUCCCCUGCCAAGGGGGUCCGUGGUGGAGAAGAGAGCCCCAGGGAGCCACUCAGGGAGUAAAGGCAGAUUCUGCCACAGGGAUCCUCACCUCUUGCACACAUUUAGGCAAAAAGAAGCAAUCAAGAAAAGAUUUUCAGAAACUGAUUCCGAUACUGAAAUUGUAGCAGCUGCAGAAGGGGCCAAGUGUGUGGAGGAUGCGGGGCUUCAGCUGAAUACCUCUGCUCAGGAGCCUCCUGAUGCCUGUGAUGAUGGCUCUGAUAAUUUCGAAGUAUGCAGGAUCUGUCACUGCGAAGGCGACGAAGAGAGCCCACUCAUCACUCCCUGCCGCUGCACGGGAACCUUGCGCUUUGUUCACCAGUCCUGUCUCCACCAGUGGAUCAAGAGCUCAGACACACGAUGCUGUGAGCUCUGCAAGUACGACUUCAUAAUGGAGACCAAGCUCAAGCCCCUGCGGAAGUGGGAAAAACUCCAGAUGACCACAAGCGAAAGGAGGAAGAUCUUCUGCUCUGUCACGUUCCAUGUCAUUGCUGUCACCUGUGUGGUGUGGUCUUUGUACGUGUUGAUAGAUCGGACAGCAGAAGAAAUCAAGCAAGGUAACGACAAUGGUGUGCUGGAAUGGCCCUUUUGGACAAAACUAGUUGUGGUGGCCAUUGGCUUCACAGGAGGUCUUGUCUUCAUGUAUGUACAGUGUAAGGUCUAUGUUCAACUGUGGCGCAGGCUGAAGGCCUACAACCGUGUGAUCUUUGUGCAGAAUUGCCCAGACACUGCCAACAAACUGGAGAAGAACUUCUCAUGUAACGUGAACACGGAAAUCAAGGAUGCUGUGGUUGUGCCUGUGCCACAGACAGGUUCAAAUACACUGCCAUCUGCAGAGGGCGCCCCACCCGAAGUUAUACCAGUGUGAUGGAACUGGAGGGGAACUUCCUCCCAGAAGGAUCUUUACAGGCCCCAGCCACUACAACCAGAAGCGCUUCUGCUCUGGUGGCUUCCUCAUCUUCUCCUUUUCCCUACUGACUUAUCUGUCCUGACUCGGCGCAAAAAGGAAGUAAGGAGAAAAUAUCAAGUGACCAGGAUCCCAAGAAGCAGAGCCUGCAGUGGGACAUGGAAAGGUGAAGUGUUUUAGGGAGUGAGUUCAUAAGGAACGACUGGUACAAGCAAUGCUUUCAGACAACGAUGGACACGAUACUCUUGAGUAGCACACAGGAAUUCCCUGAACAGACUUCAAAUUGAUGUAUGCUUCUUUGUAGGGGUCUGUAACAUUAGCCUUCUCCACUGGAAAUGACACACGUUUGGUCUUAAGCCUGAAACUGUGUGCAUUGUCCCUAAGUCACACCAGAGGCAAAGUUGGAGGACUUGCAGUUUUUUACACUUUGACAGCUGAUAUUUUCUGGCUAUUGUGAAGUCUGGUUAUUUUGACAGAUGCAUGUUUUUAAAUGGAUGCAAUACACAUUUGAAGAUAGAAAUGUUUGGAAUUUUGUUUAAAUCAUGAAGAAAAGAUGUUCAGAGCAUUGUGGAGUUUAGCUAGCACUUUUUUGAAAGCAACUAUCAUGCUGUAUUUUUAUCUGGUCUCUCUUACACAGUAUUCUACAACAGACACAUAACACGAGCUACAAAUGCAACCAGCAGAUGUAAAUUUUAACUCUCCUAGUGUGCCCCAUUAGGAAAAGUGAAAAUAAACAAGUCAAUUUUUUAAUUUAGCUAACACUAAACAUUCAAGUUAUUUUGUGUCAUCAACAAAAACAAUUAUUAAAAUAGCUUUCAUCAUUUUCUUGAACCAAGUUUUCAAAAUGCAUCACAUAUUUAUGGCACAUUUCAAUGACUUUAGAGUGUUGGACAGGACUUAAAUCAAGAACAUUGGAUACCAGAGCCCUUACAUUAGAAACUACACCUCUAUUUCAUUUAAUUUGGAUAUUUCAAAACAGCAGUUUAAUCCAUUAUUUUGUUUUGCAGGUUCAUGUAAGGGUUAUGAUUUACAAAGUAUCAAACUCAUCAAAUGAAGUCUUCAGGUUUGAAUUCAGUGAAUUUAUCCCCUUCCAAAAGGGAAAAACAAAAACAAAAAAACCCAAAAAUUUAGUCAGUAUAAUCCAUAGCAUUGUUAUGAACUUAACUUCUGUGUUGUACCUACAAGGGAAUUAUGAUAGGGAAAUAAAAAUAUAUUUUGUUACUAAAUCAGAUGUAUUAAGGUUCAUAAAUCCACAUGGAGUGUCAAUGUGACAGAUGGGUAUCUUAAUUAAGGAUCUCAACCCCGACUUUAAACCUGAUAGUAUUUCCCUAGCUCAGCUCAGAAGUAAAAAUAUUCAAUAGAUUUUAUGGAGAGAGAUAAGCUUGGUAGUCGGUUCAACAACUGAUUACUGUGCGCUAUACAAAUUCAGAUAAACUGCUAUGACACUGCAGUGAGCUCGGUAAAUAAUCACAAGUAAGUAAUCACAAAGAAAGAUGACCACAUUUUUAAAAAGUGAUUUUUUUUUUGUUAGUUGUCAUUAUUUAUUAUCCCGAAAAGGCAGAGAUGGCCAUAAAAACCAAAGCAUGGGCAUCAUGUUGCACAAAUCUGGUUACCGCAUCCAUGCACUUUGUAAUAAUCAGUGUGUUUGUUCUUAAUGGAUUAAGCAAAGGAAAAACACAAGGAUCUUUCAAUGAGAACAGAGUAUGAUAUUUGUAGUGAGCUACACUGGGUCCAUAGUCCCAUUCUUAGAAAUAAAGGCAUAGUAAACAAUGUCAACUGUGUGUGUGACGUGUAUAUUCAUGUAUAUAUGCAAGAAAAAUGUUAAGAUAUUCAGUGAGUCAGGAAACAAAAAGUUAAAAACUCAUCACUCUUGAAACUUGUGGGAGGAGCAUGGAUUAAAUAUACAGGGACAAGGCAAUGGACAUAGCUAACCUAGACUAGACCUCCAGCAGAAAUAAGGAUUCACAAGACCUUAGAGAAAAAAGACUAGAACCGUAAGCUUUGCAUUAAUUUCCUGCCAAGUUACCAUUUUAAAGAUUUGAGUGUGAACAACAAAAUAUGGAUGGGCUGAUCAUGACUUCACACAAGUUAAUAAUCAUUCAGUUUUCUGCAUAGUUCCCUCACUCUAAUUAAUUAUUUCCUGUGGCUUAGUCAUGGCAAUUUGCUGUCUAAAAAUAUUCCAUGAGAAAGUACAAUGUAGUAUUGAUUUUUGCCUUCUUUACUACAGGAAGAAAUGGGUCAUUUACCUUAAUUACCACAGAAAAUACUGUUUGAAUGCAGGAUGGGUAUUUGAAUAGCUUGUUUCACACAGGAAGGUGAUAGGCUAACCCUUAUUUUUCAAGGUAUAUACCAACACUAAAACAAUAAAAAGCAAAGAUAAGCUUUGCUACAUCAAUGAAAAGACAGCAUGGUGUUUUAAAAUGAUAGCUAAAUGCUUAAAGUCUACCUUCAUAAGCUCUAAUAAAUAAGAUAGAACUCUGAACAGUGUUUAUUCUGCUAUCUGUUGAUGCUUUAAAAUUUUCCACUAAAAUAUUUCCUAAGAUUAAUAUUUAUGAUUUGAACAACCUGACUUAACUAUUCAGAUAUGUAACAGCCAGUGUUGGAUUGGGGUGUGGUAGUUCUAUCCCUGUAAUCCCAGCAACUCUGAAAACUUAAGGCUUCAUGAUUAUUUUCUACUACACAGUGAGGGCCAAAUAAAGGCCAGCCUAGGCUACAGGAGACAUUUUUCCAAUUAAAAAAAAAACAAACAAAUAAACAAACAAAAAGGUUAAAAUCUAAAUGAACAGAGCCAGUAUUGAAAGCAUCUUUCACAUUCUGUGUGGUAAAGGUGUUUUAAUAACAGGGAAAAGGGUUGGUUUUGAUAGCCUGUCUUACUGCUCAAGGAGAAAAACUGCUCGAUAGAAAGACAAUGAGUGUUUACCUGCUUUCAUGUAAAAAGUAAAGUAAAACAGAAGCUAAAUACUGAAUUGCUGAGCUUACAGAUUUGUUAAAACUGAAUUUUUAUAAACACAACAUGAAGCUGGGGUUUCAGAAAUGCCAUAAACGAGACAUUGAAAAUGCUUUUUAUCAAGAGCUGACAGUUUCACAAAUAAUAUUCAAUUGGAAAGGAAUGAAAUUAAAACAUUUAAAAGUGAAGACCAGAAGGCAGAAACCAGCUCCAUCUUUAAGGCAUAGCUUCCGCAGCUCUCUACAGUUCCCCCUUUUUGUUUUAGACGCAUCAGGCAAGAGUAGAGGUCUGAUCUCUGAUAUUAGAAAUAAAUUGGGACUUUGUACCGAUGUUCAUUUAGGUGUCAUCCACCCAAAGAGCAUCAGACCCGUCCGAUACCUUUUUCUCAGAGGCGGGACCUGGGGCAUCAACCCGCAUGCAAUCAGGCAUGCUCUUCUCUGGGGCGAAAGCGGCUGACCCUGAGUGCAGUGCUUAGCCUCGCAUCCUGAGCGUAACAUUUUAGCUUUGUAUGGUAUCCAACCAUGCUUGGGGAGAAUGUCCUGCUUCAAUGGCUGUAAAGGCCUGGAGCUGGUUUCUGCCUUCCACCUUCCCGAUGGUGAGUGCUCUCUGUCAUGAACAAUUCCACAUUUGGCUAAGGCUGAGGAUCUGGCUUGCUUCCAUGUAUGUGGACCUAUCUGCACUGCCCACGUGGCAUGCCUGGAUUGGCUACCCAGAGGCUAUUUAAGCUGUGGGCUGGCUUUCCCCAGGGUCCGAGGAUUGUUCAAGGUUCCUGAAUAAACUGCAUUGAAAAUAAAUAAAUAAAUAAAAUAAAUUUUAAAAAGAAAUUAGUAAUUUAAAAAAAAAAAAAAGUGAAGACCAGAGAUGGGAGACAUGAAUCAGUGAUCAGACACUCUCUGCUCUCAUAGAGGCUCCUACUUGAGCUCCCAGCACCCAUAUGACAGCUCACAACCAUCUGUAUCUCUAGCUCCAGGGUACCCAACACACUCUUCUGGUCUCUGAGGACACACACACACACACACACACACAAGAAAUCUUUAAAAAGUGAAGUAUCCCAAAGUAUAGAAAUAUAGGUAUAAAACAAUAACAAAACCCUACAAAAAUAGAGGAAAAAUUAUCAUUUCAGGGUACCAAUAACCCAGGAUACUGCAAUGCAGACAUUGAGUCAUUCUCAGAAUGUCCUGGGACCAAAACCUCACUCAGAGCUGUUGCUAUGCCGCAAAUGAUAUCCCACAAUGAACCCUCAAGCUUGUAGUUUUCUUUUGUGAAAAGAAUAUGGGUACCCUUCAGACAUUUAUUCUUUGGCUGAAAAAUGGGGUCAUCAAACUACUGAUAUCUUUAAGAGAAAUCAUAAUGAUCAGUGGGGUGAAGUGGGACAGUCAUGCAUUCCAUUUAUCAUAUACAAAUUACCAUGCCUUGCCAAUGGAUAUUUUGGAGUAAAUAUUAAGUGGAGAACCUAAAACUUAUUAUCGUAUUGUAACUGUUAUAAAAUCAUGUCCUUAUAUUAGCUCAAUGGUGCUAUUUUACAUAACAAUACAACUGAAAGGAAGUGCUGUUACAUUUGGGCUGCAGUGUUUUGCCCACAUUUUCAGAAAGUCCAAGUUGAAAUUAGGUAACAUUUAAACAAAGGAAAAAAUAUUGUUUUAACUGUGUGUAUUUUUUGAGAUUGGGCAUUUGUAUUUUUUUAGUUUUACCUAAUGUCUUCAUUAACAAUUUACCGUUUGUGAGUAAUGUGUGCUUAAGGCUAACUAAGGAAACUAUAAAAAAGCCUUUGUAUAUUAAACAAAUGCUCCAAA